CCGAGUCCUAGCGCCUGAACCUGCGCGCCGCUGCGGCUGGCCGGACCGACCGCCUCGCCACAGGAUUAAUUUAAUUUUGGAAAUCAAGUGCAAUAAUAAAAGGAAAAUAAACCACACUACAUUAUUGGAAGCCAUUUCUGCUAAUUUUAUUACAUUUUAAAAUUUAUGAUUUGAUUUGAAUGCUAUCAUGGGAGGAGCUGUGAGUGCUGGGGAAGAUAACGAUGACUUAAUUGAUAAUUUAAAAGAAGCUCAGUAUAUCCGCACUGAAAGAGUGGAACAAGCCUUCAGAGCAAUUGAUCGUGGAGAUUACUAUUUGGAAGGCUACCGAGACAAUGCUUACAAAGACUUAGCCUGGAAACAUGGGAACAUACACUUGUCAGCACCUUGCAUUUAUUCUGAAGUUAUGGAAGCAUUGAAACUUCAACCAGGAUUGUCUUUUCUUAACCUGGGAAGUGGAACCGGAUAUUUAAGUACAAUGGUGGGCUUAAUUUUAGGUCCUUUUGGAAUAAAUCAUGGGAUUGAGCUUCAUUCAGAUGUGGUGGAAUAUGCCAAGGAAAAGCUGGAGAGCUUCAUCAAAAAUAGUGAUAGCUUUGAUAAAUUUGAGUUCUGUGAACCUGCAUUUGUGGUUGGUAAUUGCCUCCAGAUAGCCUCUGACAGUCAUCAGUAUGACCGAAUUUAUUGUGGAGCUGGAGUUCAGAAAGACCAUGAAAACUACAUGAAAAUAUUACUGAAAGUUGGAGGCAUUCUAGUAAUGCCGAUAGAAGAUCAGUUAACACAAAUUAUGCGAACUGGACAGAAUACUUGGGAAAGUAAAAAUAUCCUUGCUGUUUCAUUUGCUCCACUUGUGCAACCAAGUAAGAAUGAUAAUGGCAAACCAGAUUCUGUUGGACUUCCUCCCUGUGCUGUCAGGAAUCUGCAGGACUUGGCUCGUAUUUACAUUCGACGCACACUUAGAAAUUUCAUAAAUGAUGAGAUGCAGGCCAAAGGGAUUCCACAAAGGGCUGCACCCAAAAGGAAACGGAAGAGAGUUAAACAGAGAAUUAAUACUUAUGUAUUUGUGGGUAAUCAGCUUAUUCCUCAGCCUCUAGACAGUGAAGAAGAUGAAAAGAUGGAAGAAGAUAACAAAGAAGAAGAGGAGAAAGAUCAUAGUGAAGCCAUGAAGCCAGAGGAGCCACCUCAGAAUUUACUGAGAGAAAAAAUCAUGAAGCUGCCCCUACCUGAAUCUUUAAAAGCUUACUUGACAUAUUUUAGAGAAAAGUAACUUAGAUCAAGAAGAAAGAAUGCCUACUGAUAAUUCCUGUAGUCUUGAAAAUGUAGCAUUUGUUAGGAGUUAAAAGCGAGAAUUCUUUCAUCAGAGCAAAUUAUAGUGGGAAAACUUAUAACUUAUUUCUGUCUUAGUAAUAAAAAUGAUGUAUUCAGUGAUUGAAAAGAAUCCCUUUUAUAAAAUCUAUUUUUCUUUAAAUCUUGGAAACAUUGCUGUUUUAACUCAGAGUGACUUCAGGAGUGGAAUGCAACCAUAGUCAAGACUUUGUGUACUGUAAAUCUUUUUCUGAUUCAUUACAGAUUUGUAGUAGUGAGGGUUAGGUUUAAUUUUAUAUAGGGUUAAAAAAUUGUUAAGCUUAUAUAAUCUGAUUCGACUUGCAGUUUGCAUUUCCUCUAUGAAAACUUUCUUAUCUAAUAAGGAUAUCAAAUGCUUUGUAGACCCACUUACUUUACAUUUGUCGCAAUCACUAUUGCUGAGUUGCUAUAGAUGUAUUCCGGGCAAUAUGAGUGCAAUAACAAUACAGAUAUUGAAUAAUUUAGCUUUAAAAAAAAAAACAAGUUUUAUGGACUUCAACAGCACUGCUACUAUUGCUUUUGAAUCUAUUGCCAAAAAACCUGGGGACAAUAUCUGCUUCUCUCAUAGAGAUUUUAAGAGCACAUCAAGUGACUAUUAAAAGUAAAAAAGUACACACUUAAUACAGCCCUUAAUUUGUAUGAAUCCUUUACAUUUUCAGUAUUUAAAAAUAUUGAGGUUAUCAUACUCUGGAAUUUUAGAAGAUAGAUUUAGAUUUGUUUUUUCUAUAGUCCAUUGUAAUAAAGUAUUAGGUUAAAAAAAAUCCAUUCUAUGUGACUGUUGAUAGCAAAGACAGUGAAUGAAAUAAGCAUGCUUGAUGGCCACUUUGUUGGUGGCUGCAUUUAGCAGGGUCAUUAGAGAUUUGCUCAGCAGGUGCACUUUAAAUGGAACUUUUAGUUCAUCUGAAUAUUUAUCUUUGACAAGAUAGGACUGAACUAGCUGACAUUUGCUCUGAAAUUCAUCUUUGUAGAAUAAGAAAUACCCACAGAAUCGUACGUAGCUGCCUUUUGCUUUGAAAAUCUUGUUCAGAAUCAUAGUAUGAACAUUGGGACCUCUGUGUGCUCAUUUAACUUCUCAUGCUAUUUUUGUUUAUUUAGGUAAAAUUAUAAUGAUUUAAUUUUUGUAUAUUAUCACUCACUUUAUCCACCAUUUUGAAUGUUAGUUGUGGAUUUAUCAGUGAGGAAGUAGGUAGGUAAAUACCAUUAUUAGUUUGCUGCUUUUCUUUCUCCUAGAACCUGAAAAGUCAUUCCUUGUUAAUUAUACAAUGUAACAUAUUACUUAGUGUUACAUGCAUUAUAUAUUUUUAAAAGGAAAAGUUUGAGAGUAUCACUUAUUACCACCAGCAUCACUCUUGCAGUAGUUGAUCAAAUAUGCUUAAGGAAAUCCAGUCAAUGUAUAGUGAAAGGAUUGUUAAUCACUCUGCUAAAAUUCAAUUACCACUAAUACAUAGAUGGUUUUGAAAGUCUCUGCUCUCAUAUUUAUACAUGUCUAAAAACAAAAUUUUGAAAUAUUCUAAAUAUGUCUCAUCCCAAGUAAAUGAGGAUAUUUUAGUAAUGUGAAAGAAAAUUUCAUAGGAGGGAUUUGUUUUAAGUUAUUGACUGGGGCUAGGGGUUGGUGGUUGAGGAUAUUUGUACACUUCUUACAUGGUUAUUUAGCUGUUAUUGAUAAGAAAUACCCUGUUACAUUUCUGUCAAGGAAAAAAAAUUAUAUUCAUACAGUUGUGACCUAUUAGAGAUGUUUAUUUUAUUUUGAAUUAAAUGUUAAAGUUUAAUCUUGAGUUCUGGGCGCCCAUAUAUUUUUAUCUAAGAAACAUUGGGAGAGUUCUCAUCUCAUCCUCCCCCUCCCCCAGCAUACACCCCUUGUUGUUGCAGCUGGUGUUCAGCUAUGUAAAUGUCUCCAUAAAUAAUUUUGCUAUUUACAAGAGAGUUUUGUUAAGGAUAUAUUUGAAGAUUGAUUUUUUUCAUACCAUCUCUUCAUUCUGUUGACUUCAGCAAAAUGUACAAUAGAUUUCAUGAUCAUUGCAUAUUUUUUGUUAUUGAAAUAUAUCUUUGUUUUUAAAUGCAUUCAUUUUACAGUUGUGACUUUAUUAUU